UACCCUGACACUGCAGUGCUCUUGCAGAAGCACGUACAUCAAAACGAAACUAGGCAAGAGAUAGAAAAUGAAGAUGGAAAUGGUCUAGAACUUGGAAGCAUUAUGCAUGAAUUGGACACAGCAGAGAAGAUAUGCCUCACAAAGGUUCGGGACGCCAUAGUUGCAGAUGUGGAGGUCAAGUUUGUGCUACCCUACAUUGAAGAAGCAGGCAUCUUCUCAAAGGCAGAGUGUGAAGAUAUCCUGAGACAGGAUUCUGUCGAAAACAAGGUCAGACGCCUUCUGGAUGUCUUGUGUUCCAAAGGUGAAGCUGGCUAUAAUGUGUUCAUCAAGGCCCUAGAACAUGACAAUGCCUACGGGUGGAUUGUACAGAAGCUUCACAUGGAGCAUAAUAACAUCAAGGAAGAGAAUGUUUAUGUGCACAAGGUACUUCAAAAUGGGGGAGUGCCAUUUCGUCUCGUGCACCUGGUGAAACGAAGAAGAGCUGUGCAAGAAAUAAGAGAUGCAUUGCGGUCUCUCUGCUCUAGUAGGCACUGUAGCAAUGGAGCUGUGGUUCUGCAUGGCAUGAUAGGUUGCGGCAAGUCGAUCCUGGCCGCAGAGGCUCUGAGGGACUAUAGCCUGCUAGUCGACUGCUUCCCAGGUGGGGUCUACUGGCUGCCGAUUGGCAAACUGCGUGAGCAAGGCGAUGUGCUGCUCAAGAUGCAUCUUCAGCUCGACCGCUUGGAUCUUGGCUCGCACAAGGAUGUCGGCACCGUUGAAAUGGCGACCUGUCGGUUGAAGCGAUGGAGUCUGAACAUCAAAGCUUUGCUGGUGCUUGACGAUGUCUGGUCCGCUCGAGUUGUGGAGGCAUUUACUGUGGGUUGUCCUCUGCUGGUGACCACUCGGGACGACUCUGUUGUGAAUGACAUGCACAUGUACAAGAAAUCCAUUCACAUCGAUGAAGGGCUCACUCUCAACGAAACUCAGGAACUUUUUGCCAGCGUCCUGAAAAUACCUGAGCAAGAACUGCCUCCAGCGGUUGAAGAGAUAUGGAUGACUCAUCGAGGAUUGCCCCUCUUGAUGGCCAACAUAGCGGCAGUGCUGAUCCCCAAUGCCAAGCGGCCUGACAAGUGGAGGCCAUACAUUGAAGAUGCCCGCGUCAAGGGUCGAGUGAGACAUGGUUCAGGCAGCACCUACGAUGUACUUUUGGAGCUCAUCAUCAGUAGCCUGGACUCCGAACAGCUCGGAUACUUCCAAAGCUUCGCUCUCUUUCUCGAAGACGUCGACAUCCCAAGUUCAGUGUUUGAGGUGUUGUGGGAUAUGGAUGCUGGCGAUGUGGAGCAUGCCAUGGCUGGUUUGGUGCAGAAGUCACUUGUACGCAUGGAGCCUGUGCACAAUUCUUACACCUAUGGGAUACACGACCUCUACCUCAACUUCCUCAAGAGGAAAGCCACCUCCCUGAAGGAUCUCCACCGGCAGUUUGUAGUAAAGCUGCUCAACCGCUGGAAGCCUUGGAGAAUGCCGCGUGCCCGUGGCUACUUCUACUGGUACCUGGGCUACCAUCUGGAUGAAGCCGGAAUGGAUCAGGAGUUUCGGGACAUCUUCCUCAACCUGCGCUUUGUUGAACGCAAAGUUCAAUGCAACUGUCCUAGUGACCUCGUGACUGACUUGCACCGUUAUGAGCACCACUUCCGCUGUGACCCACAGGUUGCAAAAGAAAGGCUGGACAUGCUGAGGUUCUUGCAGCCCAACGCUCAUUUGCUGUCUGAUAGGGACACAGAUGUCAUCCAGCUUGCCCUGAGUCAACCACGGAGCUCCACUGUACAUCAGAAGGCCUUGGCCCUCGCUAGGGAGCGUGCUGCUGAAGCGGACCAUCAGACUCCUUACUUCGAGUGGACGAAUAUGCCAGACAACUGGUCCCAGGCUGAAGUCAGGAUGAAAACUCUGAACGGCGGUGUGAACCAUGCGGAGUUCAGUCCAGAUGACACCAUCAUUGCCUCAGCUGGGAAUGACAGCAUCGUCAGGCUGUGGGAGACUCACUCUGGAAAUGAGCUGCAAGCAUUGGCUGGCCACAAAGAGGCUGUCAACUACUGCACCUUCAGCCCCGAUGGCCGUGUGCUUGCAUCAGCUUCUUCUGACCACCAAGUAUUUCUGUGGAAUGUUUUCGAAAGAUUCCAGGCAACUCCAGCAUCUCCCUUGAGUGCAUCAUCCAAAGCAGGCCGGCUGCCUGGGCGCCGAAGCUCUCGCUGCACUAAAUCUGCCUCUGUGACACAUGAUGCUGCUGUUCUUUGCUGUGCGUUCUCACUCGAUGGCAAGCUGCUGGCUUCUGGGGAUGCAGAUGGGUUCGUCAAGAUCCACCGUAUCUCCAAAGGUGAACUUGGGGAAGAGAUCGUGAAGGCGAUCCCAAAACAGGAGAAUGCCAUCCGCAGCUGCUCAUUCACAAGUGACUCUCGUCGCCUUGUUAUGGCCCUGAACUCCCAGUAUGUAGUGAUAUGGAAGGUGCCAUCUGAUACCCACACAGCUCAAACAGAGCCGCUGGAAAGGCCGCAAGUUCUUGACCACCUUGACAGGGCUGUUGUGGAUUGCUGCCUCACGCACGUCCACCAUGGCGCUCUUGGUGCCAGACAGCAAGCUAUAUCAGCCGCUGGGCAGCACAUUUGGACCUGGGACCUGCGUAACCCAUCGGCAGAAAGUGCCAAACGCUACAACGGCUUCUGGAUGAGCUACAACUUGACAUGCUGCGCAGUCUCGCCAGACAAAACACUGAUUGCAGCUGGGACAUCACUGCAUGCCAUCUUGCUCUGGAAUGCAGACACUGGAGCAACUUUGGGCAGCUUCAAAGGGGAUGCUGAAGAUGUGAAGUCUGUGCGCUUCUCCCACAAUGGCAGCCAGCUGGUGUCCUCUUCAUCAGAUGGCACGGUCGUCAUUUGGGACGUGGACAAUUACCGCAGAUGCUCUCGAGUGGCGCUCAUGCCAAUACUUGCCGUAGCCUUUGAGGACCAGAGCCCUCUGGUGGCCACUUUCGAUGAAAGUGGUGUGAUACAGAUUUCAUCAGGGCUCGAGACCAAGCAGGAAGUCAAACAUGCCUUUGUUGGCACCGAGAACAGGUGCGAAGAAGUGUCAUGCUGCUGUUUCACUCACGACAGAAAGGCUGUCGUCUUGGGUACCAAGAAUGGUUGUGUCAGCCUGUUUCAUUUAGACACAAAGAAGUGUAGUGCAUUGGGCAACCAUAAUGACAGUGUCACAUCACUACAGGCAUGGCCAGAAGGUGUGGCAAUUUCAGCAUCCCUGGAUGCAACAGUGAAGAUCUGGCACAAAGACGGUUCUCACAGCACGCUCAUUGGCCAUAGUGGUCAAAUCACGGCGCCAUGCCGCCUGUUUGGAGGUGGCUUCAAGCUUCUGUCCUCAUCAGACAAGGGCGAGCUCAUGGUGUGGAACUUGAAGCAGUGCAUCCAUCCAUCUGUCCAGAUUGAGGCUCACAAUGGAAAUCCAGUGUUGUGCUGUGAUGUAUCGUCCGAUGGACAGUGGCUCCUCUCUGGAUCUACUGACAAGACCAUUCAGUUGUGGAAUGCUGAAACAGGCGAGCUGCUGAAGGUGCAGACGCUUAACGAAUGCGUUCGUUGCUGCCGGUUUGGUCCAGACCCCCAAAGUGUUACGGUAGCGGCUGGCACUGAUGAAGGAUCUGUCUAUGUCUAUCUCUUGGAAGAGGACUUGCUCCAGAAGAUAGGCCAGCACAAGCUUUGGGUCUACGACCUUGCCUUUUCCCCCGACGGCCAGCUGCUUGCAUCGCUCUCAGAGUCCAUCUGCUGGUGGUCCCUGGACUCCUUGGAGUUUAUGUCGGCGCUCAGCUCUGUGGAAGACGGUAGUAGCAUAGCGUCCUUUGAGUCACUGGCUCAGCCCAGCUGUCACCGUCAGUUGCAGAGAUUCCAGCUGCAAAGCUCUAAGGCCGUGGCCCUGUUUGCAUCACCUGAUUUCAACACGUUUGUCACUGUCGAUGACUCGGGGAUCCUAUAUGUGCUCAACAAGUUGGUUGCUGCUCAAGCGAGCAACAGCUGACUGUUAUAUAGUUUUUUGUUUUUUGUUUUUGUUUGCUUCCUUUUGUCUAUAGUUUUAUUGUGAAGCACCCAAGCAAUGUGCAGCUUGGCAUACAGGCAUUACUAUUCUGUUCACCUGUUCAUGCAAAGUGCUUUCAUCUGUUCCCACUUCUUUCACAUUCCAACUGGGUGGAAGCAAUUCUAAAGGUUCCCGAGUUGAAAUUCUCCCAUUGUAAUUCUGGUUAAGUCAUCAUUGACAGAUCUGUUAGGUCAAUGCUGCCAGUUGUUGGAUACACCUAGUUGAAUUACUAUGGGAGUGCGCAAAGCACAUCAGCUCUUGCCUCGAGCAUGUGCACAUUCUGCGUGAUGAUCACAUGUGAUAGAAAGUAAGCGUUGAGCAGCGACCUAUUUUUGAAAAAUAUGUGGCAAGCUGCUCAUUCCCUGAAGUUGAAAGAGAGGCUUGCCAUCUUUGCUGUUCCGAGGACAUAGCCUUGUUUUGCUUGACUGACCUUGCCAUAUUUUAGUAAUUAAUAACAGCACUGCUUUGACCAUCCUCCAAGGUAUUGCUGCUGAAAGUCUAUUCCCUUGAGGAAACAGCAGCUGAUUCCGUCUGUGGAAUAAGUAUGAUGUGGCUCAGCUGCAUCGAGUCGUGCCGCGAGAAGCUAGGUGGGUGGUGCGUUUCCACACCUAGCAAUUCAGUGCUAUUGAACUAAGUCGGGCUUUGUCGGUGGCCUGAAUCAGCAAUUUGGUGGGUCACUGUUUGAAUCACUUUGAAAGGCCACUGAGCAUGGUCCAAUCUACAUGGAUGUGCUUGGACGUUUGUGCUGUGAGCUUCUCUGUGCAAUUGCUCAAUGACUUUUCUAUUUGCUAGCGCUCAGUUGUCCAAACAAAGCAACUGAGCCAUUUUGACAGGGGCAGCAUCUUAAAUGACUGUGAUGGUGCCAAAGGAGCUGCGUAUGAUAGCCCAAACGUUAGUCUCCUAUUAAAUGCGUUUUCUAUUCAAAUUAUGUGGUGCCGUUAACUUUGCCUGAACCUUCUAAAUGAGGGCAGAAGGAGAGGAGCUUAACAAAGUUUUUUGGCAAUUUUCCUCCUUUUCAAGCUUUUUUUUUUCUUCCCCCCCCCCCCCCACAUUUUACACAGUUUUAUGACUGGCUUCAUCAGAUCUGUUGAAAUGUGCAUGUGUUUAUGAAAACUUCAGAUGCAACCUUCUUGCUUCCUUAUCAUUUUAUUUAUUAAGCUAAUGCGUUUUCAUUUAUUAGAUCGAGUUUUGAACAGAUGUAUUUAUCCGAACUGGCAGUCAUCCAUGCAUUUUUGCAUGGUAUGGAUUUCAAGCUUCAGGUUUAGCAGCGUAGAGAGAGAAGGGGGGCGUCAGGCCAAUUGCACUAUGUGCACUGCACGCCUGUCCCAUGAAUGACGGACAUCAUACAGUCUUUGUCAAAAGAAAUGAAGCCACUUUCAACACGAGUGUUGUCAACUUCUUGCUGCAUGAGGUUCUGUGCUCUUGGGCAGUGCCAAUGGAGGAGCACAAGGCUGACUAAACAGCCCGGGAUCAGCAGCAGUAACUCGCACAGUGACUUCAUUUCUCUGCACAAAAGGCUAUUCAGACUUGUAGGAUCUUAAGGGGAACAGGUCGGUAUUUUAGCCAGCAUUACCUGCAGAACUGUCUUGAUAUGAUCACAUAGGUUAUCAGUCAAGUUGCCCGAAGCCCACCAGUGGUGACAGGCGAUGCGCACUUGUUGCUGGAGUGAAGCUGUGUGACUAGCAUGCUUUGAUUUCAUUGUAGUUACAACUGGUGCGGGGCACAAGAAAAUAAGUACGGUCACUGAUAAUCAGAAGGCAUAAUUAUGUGCUCUCAGCACCAGCCACUUUUCUCGUGUUCUCAAAUAAAUAGGCUUGUUAAACGAGUCGUACAUUUCACUAGUAAAUCAUUGGCAGUUCCUGUUCCUUUACAUAGUCUUAAUGUUUGGUUAUCGUCAGUUAACGCAUUUCACCCCUGGUUCUUUUUUUCUGUCAUGCUGCAUGCUUGGGCAGCCUAAAAUAGAGCACUACUGCCUUAUCACCAGUAGCCUUCUUACCUGCCAGUACAAAAUUCAGCUGACAAACUGGUGCAAAGCACCAGUGCCACCAUAGGGAGUCGUUUGCAGGCUCCAAAAAUGUUGCAACCGCGGUUUCAUCCUCAGAAACUACAUUAUGUAAAGCAGCAAUGCCCUGUCCGUGAUAUAUCACUUUGCCGCAUUUAAUUAUUUUUUUUCUUUGUGUAUCUCUCUUAACCCUUGUAUAAGUAUUUCCCAACCAUUCUCAUCAAGCUCUAGACUAUGAAAGAACAUCCUCUUGGUUGUGGGAAUGGCAUAUGGUGUUAGCCUGUGUACCACUAUCAACUGUAUGUUGUUUCAUUAAGUGGGAGACUGCCAUAGGGGGGCAAAGCACUCUUUGUGGCAGCCACUGACCCACAUCUGCUUUUCUAUAUGCUCUGCUGUGUAUUAUUUACAUUCUACUGUGCUGCUGUGUUUGAACCAGUUCCACAGCACUUUGCACACCAGGCAGUGCAAUUUUUAAUUUCUUAAUUUCAUCAUUUUUUGCAUUGGCAAUUUUGAAAAGAGAAAAAAAUUGUAUUUCACUUAAGAUUACUUGCAUAUAAAGUUAGAGCAUCAAAAAGUUUGACAUAAUUCGCUGUCCCGAGUGAAAUUUUGUGGGCUUGUUACAAAAAGCUGAAAUGGGCAUCUGGUAAUAUGAUACCUUGAUAUGCGUGUUUUCUGAUUCUAGCGUCCUUUGACUUGGAAGACAAACCAUCUCGUACCUUAUAGCAUCCUUUAAAGAAAUUGACAUUGCAGUGAUGUCAACUGGAAUCUGCGCUUAAGAGAAGCAGCUGUGCAAGUUUCUAGGAAUGUUCAGUCUAAUUGGAAAGUGUUCAUGGAGCAUUGUUAUCUAAUAGAUGAUGAUGCACCAACAUGUUGUACAACUACACAUGUUGUCAGAAUCUGGCUUUCUGUCACUUAAGCAUCCCGUCAGGAUGUAGGAACUCGGAACUGAUAUGUCGUGAAAUUGAGAUGGCCAGCCAGAAGACGUAAAUAUUGCUGUUGGUGUGUGAAAAACCUGACUUUCCAAGUUGUGGUAUUGAUCUAUGGUACUUGUUUUUAAUGAUCAUUCAUUGGUUCUCAUAUUUCUGAAAUUAUUGCACUUGAAUUAUGCUUUACUGCUCAUUAAACUCUGAUAUAUCGAAGGCAGUGCAUUAUAUUUAAAUAAAAAUUUGCACGUUUUGAAUAUCUACAUUGCCUGUAAGUGCCAAAACCUUGUUUGCAUGUAUGAAUGUGUCUGAACACUUUCCCUGGCCAUUCCAUGAAAAAGUUGCACUGUUUUGUACAUAACGUAUCCCUUUCAAGCACCGUUUAAUUCCUUCUGUUAAAAAUCUUUUGUAACGUCUUCGGCUCACCUCCAGUGUCAAGAAAAGGCACCAGAAGUCCGAAGCAAAAAUGUCUUAGUUUUCAUGCUUCUGAUAAUGUAUAAUCUACACGUGAACCUUGACAUACAUUUUAGGUAUUAUUGUAAUCAAAUUCAGUGUUUUUAAUGCAGUGUACGUGGAAGACUUCUGCCGUAUUCAGAAACUUGCACAAUGCAAUGAAUUACUAGAAAAAGAAAGAAAGACAGAAGGGCAGAUCUCGGUACAUUACUACACAGCUAGUACAGUCGAAUCUCGAUAAUUUGAACACGCUUAAUUCGAACUUUCUGUUUAUUCAAACUGACACUGUGGUCCCGUCAAAGGUAUAUGUAUUCCAAUGAGCGAAAACACCUGGUAAUUCAAAUGCGCUAGCAUUUGCAACGGUUAAUUCGAACAUACUGUGCUCCAACAAUAUUUUCAGCAGCGGGCCAAAUCACGCAGCGGCACCUCAGACUAGCAAAUCCGCUGGCAGCCGUAGCCACACCGCAGCAACGCUAGGCCGAGCUACUUCGACGUUUUUUGCCAAGCUUCUUGUUGUUUGGCGCUGUCUUUUUCUUUGAAACAAUUCGCCACUGUUAGCAAUGACGCCUACUCUGUCUUUGUAAUCCUCGCCAAUGGUUUCGAAGCGAGGAAGAUAUGGCGCGUUGCAUAAUGCCGAUUCUCGAAAGUCAGCUUCGCCCCACUACAGCAAUGGCACGCGGUGAAGCAUACCAAAAUUUGAAGGGCAAUUUUCUUGGGACUCUGGAUCUUUCGUUUAAUUAUACAUGCGUGCACCCGCCAUAUCCUAUCACAGUACAAGCACUGAUAUGCAUAAUAAGUGUACUGGCAACUUUCGUUUAAUUAUAUAUGCGUAUGCAGCCCUUGGGGCAGUAAAAGGCAUGUUUAUUUUUUCGGACCACCCAAUUUUUUUGACGUCGACUGUAAUUUGUUAAUACAUGCGGAUAAAUCUUCUGGAGCUUCCCACUCACAUGUUAGCUUAGUGCACAUGGGCCACUGCAAGUAAGUCUUCCAUUCAGUUAGCUUCCUUUAAUUCGAACAAAUUUUAGGGUGCCUUUGAGUUUGAAUUAUCUAGGUUUGACUGUAGUUUCAACAAGCACACAUCUGUCUGCCUGGUGUUUUCUUCUUCUUUUCUUUCUUUCUUUGCACACAUUUGCCAGCACAAUACCUAUCUUCCAGCACUUAUGUUGCAGCCUGGGUUUAAUCAGAAGUGUGUUAAGAAGCAUGCAACUUGUCUUAAUCGUGAUGUACCAGUAUGGUCGGGGGACAAGUUCAGCUUGAAGGUGGAAGUGCAGCUUACUUGGAUCCAGAUCUUGAUAAGAAUAACCUGCCAGUUUGUAUAUUCAUGUAGCAUAUUCAGGGGAAGUGGCGCGAGGAGCACAUGUUAAUUGUUGUGCAUUGUUUCGUUUUUGCACUGAGCUGGCUGGGGUAAUGUUGGCACUUACAACACUGCAGGAAAAGGAAAGUGCAUGAUAAUGGAAGUUUUCUGCUUAUUCCUCUCUCAAGGAAGGUAUCAUAGUGGUCUCUAAAACCAAGAGUGAGGGUUUGGCAGCACUGAUAUAGUACCAGUGGAUUUGCAGUGAUAACACUGAACCCUAUUUCUCAGCAAUACUUUUUGAUUGUAUUCAUUAACUAAGACUAUCAUCCAGGCUGAAAGAAUGAUACUCCAUUUUUGAGAAACAAAAUUUGCACUAGCUGAUCAAGAAAAUUCUCCUUUCAAAUUUAUACUAAAAUUCCAAUAAUUUAUUUUGGUAUGAAGAGAGUUGUGCCUUCUGUUCAACAGCCUAUCUCUGCAGCAUGUAACAAGUGUGCAGAUUUUAAGAAAAAAUUUUUUUUUCUAAACUUAUGUUCGUUUGGGCCCAUAUAAGCACUUGCAGUUAAGUGCACACUGCUGUUGCUUUAUUUUUGGGAUGUAUGUUCAUUGCAUGUUGUAAGCUAAAUCAUGACUCAGGUCUUUGUAGCCUCUGCUUCACCCUCCAGCCCCCCUCCUACCCCAUUUUUUUGACAUAUGUUUAUAUAAACUAAACAUUUUUUAUGCAUCAUGUGCUCCUUUCCAUUGAUUUAAUCUUAUACCACCUGUGCUGAGAGGUAACACCUGUCUUGUUAUUGAAAGAGUUUACCAUUAUGCAUCAUAUUCUAUGAUCACAUGUUCCCUGCUGGCUGUGGCCAUGUCUGUCUCCCGUUGUUUUUAGACACAUGUAUCAAAACAUUUUUUCUUUCUUGCACUCUGAAGAUUUUAGUGUGCCCAUUUUUAAAUCCAUGAAAUGUGCAGCAUCUGCAAGCAUUGUUAUAAUGCCGUAUAACAGAGCUUGUACCAUUGUGUGCGCUCCAUGGUCCCGAGCAACCUAACAGAGCUUGGCAAUGCGGGCCAGCCAGGUCCUAAUCCACACUUGUUUAUGUAGCUUCCUGUCAGCCGCCUUCUUAUUGUUGUGGAAUGAUUAAUUUUAUUUAUGUUUUACACUGCCUUAAAGAAAGGCUAUGACAAGGCCUUUUGGCCUCACUGGUUUCUUUAGCUUGAAUGUGGCCACAUACAUUUUUGCUAUAUUUGUUUUAUUGAGAAAUUGUGCCAUUUGUGGGCUAUAUGCUUGCUCACGUUAGUUCAACUUGGAAAACACAAUAAGCAAAAGUAUACAAGUAUUAGAGAGAUUCACUGAAAUAACUGAGGCACUUGCCAGUGGGUGUACAAAAACACUCUGAACUGCACUAAAAGUGUUCUUGCAAGACCGUAGUUUGAUACUAAGCCUACUUUCAGAAAAUUGUCUGCUGUAGCUCUUGAACUACUAUGGGAAUUGUAGGCAGUGCAUAGAUUCUUCCAAUUUCGCAUGACUUCGUUAAGAAAGCACAUUGCACAUUCUGUUCUUUUUGUGGUAAAAUUAUGCCUAAUACUGCCUUCACAACCGUGUAACAGAUGACUUUUUUUAAAUAUAAAACUGUAUAUAUUACACAUUUUUCAGUGCGUAACUCUCAACAUCUAUGAGUACUAAAUAUGCAGUAUAUUUUGGCAGUUUGUGCUCAGUGCAGGUACUUACUUUUGGUACUUGAAAUUGUUAUUUUUUAUCUUUAAUGGCUGCAAACAUUCAAAUGGUACAAAUCUGAGGCUAAUUACUGCCAUACAAGAAGUUGCAACAGGAAAUCCACUUCAGUAAGGAUGUAAUUUAGACACAUUAUGUACUCACUGUCAUUUACCAUACUGCAAUACUGCCAGCACACGCAGAUGCUAGUGCAACGUUUCCCUCUUGUACUUGUAUUAGAAAACUAUUGUGCAAGGUUGGCCUUCGAGAUUGGUGGCAUGCAUGCUAUGCAAUCUCUGAGGCCAUGGUGCAAGAUUGCUUUAGAGUAGUUCCAAGGCCUCCUGCUCAACACUGGAAAGUGCUGUUAGUAUUCUCGGUUUUCAACAGGGCAUGCAAAUUGCUCCAGGUUUCUCUCUUUGCUUGCCACUAUUUUCUAUGUGCGUUUUGCACCAUGUAUAAAUUUAGAUCCAUGCUGCUUUUGCAGAUCUCUUGCACAACUGCUGUUUCUAAAUAACUGCCAAGUCCAGAACUGUCUAUGGCCAGUUCUCGCUUUAGUGUGCUCAUAUGUUGUUUUGGACUCCUGUAGCGGAGUAACAACUAUUGUAAUAAUUUUUUUAAUUUCUGCCAAACAUUUGUAGGGCAGGGGAUUCAGGUUUGUUCAUGAGCAUGAACAGUGUAAGUUGUUUAGCAGCUUACUGCUUGUAGAUGUGCAGUGCAAAUUGACUUGUGGUUGAUAAUCUUUUGUGGAACUCAGUGCAUAAUGUAAUAGCAUUGCUUUGAACUGUGUGAACGCUAUACGCUGUUAUGAAACAACCUUUCCGAUGGAAUGCACUGAUGAUAACCAUGCCACUAUGUCCUACAUCAGGGACAUUUAAUUUUUUUACGAUUGUGGUGAGUGAAUCAAACUUAAAGUGCCUUCCUUUCUUUAUUGCCAACUUAAGCAAAAAUGUAUGGAUUAUGAUUUCUUAGAAGAGCUUGUGAAGCAUUUUCUGCUGUGGCUAAUUAGUGUUUGUGUGUGUGUAUGUGUUUUUUAUCAGCAAUACUUUUCUUCAAGCCUAUUUUAGAAGCAGCUUGCUGGCUGGCUACUGUGAUUUGUGGAGGAAGAGUGACUGUCUGCAUGUAGAUCUUUUUAUUAACUUUUAUUUGAUGGCUGUGCAGCACGUUUGCUUGAAUUUAACGUGAUUCGUAACUAAUUUGGCACCGUUGUUUUUGUAAUUUCUGGUUAUAUUCUUUCACAUUUCUUUUUCAUUUCAGCUGAUCGUGUUUGAACGAUUUGGUACUCGAGUCUUUUAGAACCAAAGUCACUAGAUGUUACAUGCCAAACACUGCUUGGAUGUCAGUCGCCUAAGGCGUUAAAUACUUAUUUUUCUUUCCAGAGAGAUCUCAAAAUUACAAGGAGCAUUACAGAGGUGCCCUACCUGAUAACGUUGGUGGUUAGGUACUGUUAUUAUGCCAAGUUCAUGGAUGUGCCCACCUCACUGUGUUUGAGACUACUUUCUGACCACAAUUGCAAUAUUUGUAAGCGUGAAUGCAUUGUCCUCAAGUGUGGCACAUCACAGAUGUGAAAUGGUCUAUGCCGCCAGUAUUCACUAUGUGCAAUUUUUUAAAGAGGUGGGACACCUUUGUGAUAUCAGAGCUCUGAUUUAUCUUGUAGUACCUUUAUUCCCUUUUGGUUUAUCGGUUAGAUGACUAAUUGAAAUAUUGAGCAGAUGAUUUUCUCUCUUUUUUUUGCUUCUUUUCGUGGCAGUCAGUCAGUCAGCCACAGUGUCACCUUACAGUGCAUGUUUGCUUGCCUCCUGUACAUGUGUGUGGACUAUGCAUUGUUGAACAGUGACUCUAAGCAUAUUGCUCAGAAAUUGACAUUUUUAUACAUAUACAUUAAGCGUGUGCUUUACGAAUUGUAGUGAUGGUUUCAAUAAAAUCGUCUUUUUAUUUA